GCGAAGAGCUCGGCGGCAGGCAGAGACGCGGGUGGCCAGCGAUGGCCGAGGAGAGGGCCCGCUGUAGCCUGGCCCAUGGAGGCCGACGGAAGGCGGCGGCCGAAGGGUCGCUCCCCUUAUCCUGGGCAUGGUGUGUGUCUCGCGCCUGUUUAUCCUGCCGCCGCCUCGGCCGCCGUCACCAAUCUGCAAGCACAUCUGAAGUUGAACUGGCUGUGUUUCAAGGGCUCAGGAGCCGUGGUUACUAAUGGCUACAGCAUCGAACCAUGCAGUGCUAGAUACGGAGUCAGGAAAGAAAUUAAGUGGAUUCCACAGCAAGUGUGGGGAUAAAUAUUAAUCCCAUUGCGCUUGCUGUCACCUCAAGUCACUCUCUUUAGAAGAGCCCAACCCAUCCCCGCAUCUUCCUGCCACCUCCAGAUCUGAAGCAGUGAUGCUUGCCUCCGAGGAUCUUGCUUCAAAACUUGCUGCCUGUCUGCUCUGCACUGCUUACCCAGGGCACCCAGCCUAAUGCCUGGCAUACAGCCAUGGCACUCAGCUUGAGGGGAUCUGAGAUUCCUCACCAAGGAUCAAACCCCAGGUCCCCUGCAUUGAGAGCUGGAGUCUUAACCACUGGACCACCAGGAAAGUCCCCUGUUAACUUAAACUUGAUGCUAACUAAAAAAGCUUGUUUGUGGCUUAUCAACCUACGUUGUACAUCUGCUUUAAUUAUUAAAGAAGAGGACGCAUUGACCAGAAGUCAAGGAUGUCCAUGUUCAAAAUAAAGAUUAAAGUCCUUCCUGGGAUGCCAGUACUGGUCCUCCUCUGAUAAUAAGACUCACUUCACAGGUGUCAAGGUCAUACUGACUCGCCUCAAAUGUGCUGCUCUGUUCUGAGACCUUGAAGAAAUACCUCCCUGACUUUUUUGACAUUCUUUGUUCUGACAAGACACAAAACUACGCUGAAAACCCUGCUUCUUUGGAGCAGUUUCACAGAGUAAUCUGGGAAGCAGGCUUCUGGGCUAGCCCUGUCUGGCUCAAAACUCUUCUUUUUUUGAUUAUCAUUUUUGAUGAUUAUUUUUUUGCACGAGACAUUACCUAUUGAAAGUGUACCAUUCCAUGCUGUUUACUAUAUUCAGAGUCCCUCCACCACCACCACCAUCUAAUUUCAGAGCAAAAAGAAAUCUAUACCGUUCCUUUCACCCUCAACCCCGUUCUCCGCUCCUCCCAGCCUAUGGCAACAGCUGAUUUUACUUUCUGUUUCUGUGGGUUUGCCUGUUCUCAAAAAACAGGGCUUUGCUGUGACACAUUAAUCCUCAAGGUAGGUGCCAGAGGGGGAGGAUCAGCCUGCACUAUGAAUCCAUGGCUCCUGGUCUGCCUGGUGGCCUGCUUCGCGGUUGCCUGGGCUCCCACUGUCCACGCUCAAGGUGCCUUUGAGGACUGCUGCUUGGCCUACCACCACCGAAUCAGGCUGUCCUUGCUGCGACAGGCCCAGAGUUACUAUCGCCAGGACGUGAGCGGGAGCUGCAACUUGCCUGCUGUGAUAUUCUUCUUACCCCAGAGAAACAAGAUGGUGUGUGGGAGGCCAGGGGCCAAGUGGGUUCAGGCUGGGAUGAAGAUUUUGGAUGCCCGGAAAAAGAGCCGGUUAAACCACCACCCCAGCACCUGGAGAAACUUCCAAGGCCCUCACUCUGGGGUGAGGAGAUUGAGCUCUGGAACCUCAACACUUCCAUUGUCGAGGUUUAGCGGCCCCACCAGAAACAGCAAGAGGAAAACUUCCCUCCUGUCAACUGCUAAUCCAGCAGGACCAUGAGCCCACACUACUCCAGGAUCUACCCACACAAGAUGGGCUGGACCUCUCUCUGCCACAGUCGUCACUCUGCGGCCUUGACUGCCCCAGCCACUCUGUCCUUCAGGGAAAAUCUCAACCCCCGUACCUGAGGCUGCGCUGGGUCCCUCCCUGUCACCCCUGCCACCUCCUGCUCCUCCAGCGACGGGAACCAGGGAGCCCUGUUACUUCAAGCUCCGCACCUGCUCCAGACACCAGAGUCACGCCUGCCUGGGUAACCAUUCUUGGAAAGAACCAUCGCAGUCAUUGCCUGCCUGCAGACACACCUACCCGCAUCCCUCUGGGUCCUUGCAGAGCUUCAGUUCUCUCCCAGGACGUGCUUCUAAAACUUUUAA